CUUAAAGAUGCACUGGACGACGGCCGGCAUUAAACACGCAGAUGAUCCUGUUGAAUCCUCGCACCAUUGAAGAGACACCUGACUAUUGACGACUUUAUCCUGGAAUUCUCCUAGCUCGUGGUUAUUUCGAGACUUUAUUCAAUAUUGAGCACGUAGACAGCGCUAGACAAUUGCGCAGGCUGCCGUCGCCACCAUGGCAUCGAGUUCGGGGCAGUCAAAUCAACUACUAUAUGCGUGUAUCGCUCAUGGAACGACCAUCCUGACCGAGCAUACAUCGCCUGGCACCUCGUCCUCCUCAGCGUCCUCGCUCGCCUCAGUCAUUCUUCCCAAAAUCUCUCACUCAACGCCUGCCAAACUCACCUACACACACGACCGUCUCUUCGUUCACUAUAUCGCCGACUCUCCAUCUUCGACUUCGAACAGCCCUGAUGAGCAACUGUCGAGCAAUGCCGCGCUCACCUAUCUGGUGGUCGCGCAAACGGAAAUGGGUCGACGCAUACCCUUCGCCUUCCUACUCGAGUUGAAGAAGAAAUUCUUGGCCCAAUACAAGCCCGAAUCUACGGAUUUCCAGUCAUUACCCGCCUACGGCACAGCAGCAUUCAAUAGCACGCUGAAGGCGAUGCUGCAGCAAUACAACACUGCACCCCCUAGCGACGCUCUGACGAAUGCACGCAAGGAAAUCGACAGUGUCAAGGACAUCAUGACGGAGAACAUUGAAAGAGUACUCGAAAGAGGCGAGCGAAUUGAUCUACUGGUGGACAAGACUGAUCGAUUGGGUGGCAGUGCACGAGAUUUCCGGGUGCGUAGCAGAGGAUUGAGACGGCAGAUGUGGUGGAAGAAUGUCAGGGUGAUGGUGCUCUUGGUGGUCGUGGUGGUCUUCUUGAUAUACCUGUUUGUCGGGUUUGGGUGCGGUCUGCCGGCGUGGAGCAAAUGUCUAGGAUAAGGAAUGACUUCAAUGGCGUCAAUGGCGUCGGAAGAGCACAGUCAUAUUCUUUUGGAGCGACACUGUGUUUUGUAGGAAUAACGAGAAUGUCUACACAGUACUCGUAUAUCUCAUAGUGGAGUUGACAGCCUUCAGCCCACCACAGAAUGGAGUAUGGAGUAUGGAGUACGGGAUAUGUCAAUCAUUGUAAGGCUAAACAAACAUUGGAGGGAAGUGGCUGCCCCCAUCAAAGAAUUCCUGUAUUUUCUCAUCCAACUGCCACCGUAAUUCAU